AUGAAAUCAACAAUCCUUGCUAAGAAGAACAAAACAUCCACGUUGGAUAACCUGAUGGUAUCCUUUACUUUCAGGUUAAAAAAAUACUCAGGUGCCCCAGGUAUAAAUGCCCGUCGGGCCCGCCGAGCCGCCGGUGCCGGCGGAGCGCGGCCGUCCGGGGUGCCCCUCGCCGCCCUGCCGGGGAGAUGCCGCGGGGCUUCCUGGUCAAGCGGAGCCGGAGGGCCGGCGGCUCCUACCGCCUCCGGCCCCCGGCCGCCCUCCCGGAGGACGCGCCCGGCCGCCCCGCGCCCCUGCCCCCCGGGCCCCCGCCGCCCCCCCCGCGCCCCGGAGCCCCCGCCCGGCCCGCCCGACGAGGACAGCAGGCUGCGCCCCCGCACGCCCCCGGCCCCGCCGCCCUCGCCCGCCGCCCCCGCCGCGCUGAGGCGGGCGCCCCGCGCCAAGAAGGCCAAGGCGGCGCGCCGUCUGAGCUUCGCCGACGAGGUGACCACGUCGCCCGUGCUGGGGCUGCGCAUCAAGGCGGCGUCGGAGGGCGGGGGGGGCGCCGCCGCCCGCCCGGGCCUGCUGGGCGAGUUCGUGUGCCAGCUGUGCCGGGAGCCCUACGCCGACCCGCUGGCCCUGGCCCAGCACCGCUGCUCGCGCAUCGUGCGCGUCGAGUACCGCUGCCCCGAGUGCCACAAGAGCUUCAGCUGCCCCGCCAACCUCGCCUCGCACCGACGCUGGCACAAGCCGCGCCCGCCCGCCCCGCCCGACCGCGGCGACAAGGAGAACAGCCGACACGGCCAGCACCGCCACGACCCGGACAGCGACGCCCGACGCCCGCCCGACGCCCGACCCGGACCCGGACCCGGACCCGGGCCGCCCCUGCCCGCCGCAGAGCUCUUCCUCUGCCCCUACUGCCGCAAGGCCUUCCGACGCCAGGCCUACCUGCGCAAGCACCUGGCCACCCACCAGGGGCCCGCCCCGGACGCCUACCGCCCCGCCGCCCCCGCCCCCCCGCCGCCCCCGCCGCCCCCGCCGCCCCUGGCCUUCCCCUGCCACCUGUGCGGCGCGCCCUUCCCCUCCGCCGACCUGCGCGACAAGCACCGCCUGUGGCACGCCGUGCGGGAGGAGCUGCUCCUGCCCCUCGGCCCGCCCGACGGCGGCGGCGGCGGCGGCGGCCCGGGCCCGCAGCAGAUCUGGGCGUGCAAGCACUGCCCCGCCACCUUCUUCAGCUCGCCCGGCCUCGCCCGCCACAUCAACAAGUGCCACCCGUCGGAGAGCAGGCAGGUCCUCCUCCUGCAGAUGCCCGUCCGCCCGGGCUGCUAG